AUGCGUUUCGUACUGGAUGGCAGCGGUGCGGCAACAGCGCAGCGCCGGCCGCGAGCGUUCGCGGUACCUGUGCGCAUUAUUGCCGCACCGAGCGAUUUGUAUGAAAAAAUAGGAUCGUCCGUGCGCCGAUGGGGAGAAUCACUGCUCUCCUUUCCAAAGAAAUGGCUCAGUACGCAGAUGUCUGGGGCGGAGGACGACGAGUUUCAAUGCGUCCAAGUAGCCAAGCUACCAGUACCAGAGCUGCAGGCCACCAUCGACACAUACCUGGACUUCGCGUCGGUGAUCGUGAGCCCCCAACAGAUGGAGACCACGAGGGACCUGGCCAAGAAGUUUAUCGAGGACGUGGGUCCCAAGCUGCAGAAUAUACUGCUGCAGCGGCAGAAGGACAAGAUUAAUUGGGUAACAGACUGGUGGCUGGAAGACAUGUACCUGAAGAUACGUCUGCCCUUGCCCAUCAACUCGAGCCCCGGUAUGGUGUUCCCGCGGCGGCAGUUCGCCAAGAUCGAUGAGGUCGCUGAUCUCGCUGCUCUUUACAUUGAUGAUCUGUUGGAUUAUAAGGAGAUGCUUGACAGAGACGAGUUGCCCCAAGAGAGAGCAACCAGUCGCGAGAAGGGGCAGCCGCUCUGCAUGGAGCAGUUCUACCGCCUGCUCGGCGUGAGCCGGGAGCCCGGGCUUGGCAAAGACAGGCUAUCACUGCCCGUUCCCCCAGCAGACCCGGAUAACUGUGAGGAGCUGGUCAUUGUCGCUUGCAAGAACUAUUACUACAGCUCGUAUUCAACCCCUCAGUUCUACGCAAUCCCGGUAAAAGCAUCCGACCGGGGUCGUCUCACAGCCGGCGAGAUCCAGGGCCAGCUUCUCCACGCGAUGGUGGACGCGGCUGAUGCACCGCCCGCGCCGCGCGUGGGCCUGCUCACUGCCAUGAACAGGGAUGAUUGGGCGAAGGCUAGAGAACUACUGGCAAAGGACGAGACAAACCGCUCGAACUUGGACCUGCUAACGCGCGCGCUCUGCGUGGUGUGUAUCGACGAGUCUGGCGGGGAUCGCGCUGACUGUGACGCUGAUACCAAUGCCCUGCUGAGAGCCAUGCAUGGUGCUGGCACUAAGUACCAUUCUGCUAACCGCUGGUUCGAUAAGACUGUACAGCUGAUAAUCUCGUCGGACGGCACGGUGGGCAUGUGCUACGAGCACAGUCCCGCGGAGGGCGUGGCGGUGGUGCGGCUGGCGGAGCGCGCGCUGGCCCGCGCGGCGGUGUCCCCGCGCCCCGCGCCGCCGCCCGCGCUGCUGCCCGCGCCCGCACGACUCGCCUGGAACCUCACGCCGGAGAUCAAUAAGUGCAUCGAUAAAGCUGCCAGGGAUUUGGAUAGGUGA